AUGGGGCAGCAGGUGGGCCGCGUCGGGGAGGCUCCGGGGCUCCAGCAGCCGCAACCCCGUGGGAGCCGCGGGAGCAGCGCCUCCAGGCCGGCCGGCCGCAGACGGGACGCGGCGGGGCGCGCGGAGGAGGCCGGCUUCAAUAUCUUCACCCAGCAUGAAGCCCUUCACCGUCCCUAUGGCUGUGAAGUUGAAUCCCAGGCACUGAAUGAAGCCAUCAGGUGGAGUUCCAAGGAGAAUUUGCUUGGAGCCACUGAGAGUGACCCCAAUCUCUUUGUUGCACUUUAUGAUUUUGUUGCAAGUGGUGAUAACACACUCAGCAUCACCAAAGGUGAAAAGCUCCGAGUCCUUGGUUACAACCAGAAUGGUGAAUGGAGUGAGGUACGCUCUAAGAAUGGGCAAGGUUGGGUGCCAAGCAACUAUAUCACCCCAGUGAACAGCCUGGAGAAACAUUCCUGGUACCAUGGGCCAGUGUCCCGAAGUGCAGCUGAAUAUCUGCUUAGCAGCCUUAUCAACGGCAGCUUCCUUGUGCGGGAGAGUGAAAGCAGCCCAGGGCAACUAUCCAUCUCGCUUAGGUACGAGGGACGUGUAUACCACUACAGGAUCAAUACCACCACAGAUGGAAAGGUGUAUGUGACAGCAGAAAGCCGAUUUAGCACUUUGGCAGAGCUUGUUCAUCAUCACUCUACAGUGGCUGAUGGGCUGGUGACAACCUUGCACUAUCCAGCACCAAAGUGCAAUAAGCCUACAGUCUAUGGAGUGUCCCCUAUCCAUGACAAGUGGGAAAUGGAACGAACUGAUAUCACCAUGAAGCACAAACUUGGGGGUGGCCAAUACGGCGAGGUAUAUGUUGGUGUCUGGAAGAAAUACAGUCUUACCGUUGCUGUGAAAACACUGAAGGAAGAUACCAUGGAAGUGGAAGAAUUCCUAAAAGAAGCUGCUGUGAUGAAGGAAAUCAAGCAUCCUAAUCUAGUACAGUUGCUGGGUGUGUGUACCUUGGAACCACCUUUUUAUAUAGUAACUGAGUACAUGCCAUAUGGAAACCUGCUCGACUACUUGCGGGAGUGCAACCGGGAGGAGGUGAGCGCUGUGGUGCUGCUGUACAUGGCCACACAAAUCUCCUCGGCCAUGGAAUACUUGGAGAAAAAAAACUUCAUCCACCGAGAUUUAGCAGCUCGGAAUUGCUUAGUUGGAGAGAAUCAUGUAGUCAAGGUUGCUGAUUUUGGCUUAAGUAGAUUAAUGACUGGAGACACCUAUACUGCUCAUGCUGGCGCGAAAUUCCCUAUCAAAUGGACAGCACCAGAAAGUCUGGCUUAUAAUACUUUCUCAAUUAAAUCAGAUGUUUGGGCUUUUGGAGUACUGUUAUGGGAAAUUGCAACCUAUGGGAUGUCACCAUAUCCAGGUAUUGACCUAUCUCAGGUCUAUGAUCUAUUGGAGAAAGGAUAUCGAAUGGAGCAGCCUGAAGGAUGUCCACCAAAAGUCUAUGAACUUAUGAGGGCAUGCUGGAAGUGGAGUCCUUCUGACAGGCCCUCUUUUGCUGAGACACAUCAAGCUUUUGAAACUAUGUUUCAUGAUUCCAGCAUUUCUGAAGAGGUAGCUGAGGAGCUUGGGAGAACAGCUUCCUCUUCAUCCAUCGUGCCAUACCUGCCUCGAUUACCCAUACUUCCUUCCAAAACCAGGACCCUGAAGAAGCAGGCAGAGAACAAAGAGAAUAUAGAUGGAACCUCAGACUCUGCAGAGCCCUCAGCCUCCAGCUCAGCACCAGGGUUCAUUAGAAGCACACAGCCACCCACCGGAUCCCCAGCGCUGCCUCGCAAACAGAGAGACAAAUCACCCAGUAGCCUCUUGGAAGAUGCCAAGGAGACCACUUUUACCAGGGACCGAAAGGGGGGCUUCUUCAGUUCCUUCAUGAAGAAGAGGAACGCCCCCACGCCCCCCAAACGCAGCAGCUCCUUCCGUGAAAUGGAAAAUCAGCCCCACAAGAAGUACGAACUCACAGGGAACUUCUCCUCCGUGGCUUCUCUGCAGCAAGCCGACGGCUUUGCUUUCACUCCUGCCCAACAAGAGACAAACCUGGUUCCUCCCAAGUGCUCCGGGAGCAAUUUUGCCCAGAGGACUUUUUGUAGUGAGGAUGGGAGUGAAGGCGAAGGCGGAGGCGGGGGGAGUGGAAGCGCUGGGGGUGGGUGGUCAGGAAUUACUGGCUUCUUCACACCCCGCUUAAUCAAAAAGACUUUGGGCUUACGAGCGGGGAAGCCCACCGCUGGAGACGAGGCUGCCAAGCCUUUUCCAAGGUCAAACUCUACAUCUUCCAUGUCCUCAGGGCUUCCGGAGCAGGAUAGGAUGUCCAUGACUCUUCCCAGGAACUGCCAGAGGUCCAAAAUCCAGCUGGAAAGGACGGUGUCCACCUCUUCUCAGCCAGAGGAGAGCGCGGGGCGGCAGGGGGUGGAGGAAGGCACCGCUCUCUCCAGGGACAGACCUAAAGCCAAACUUUUGCCCAGGAGCGCAGCGGCCCUUCCCCUCCGAGCCGCCUCGGGGGACGGGGCUGUGGCCGAGAGGGAAGCGGCAGGCUCAGGGGCCAGCGCCCUCCCUAAGAGUAAGGAGAAGAACGGCGUGGCAAGGUUGGCCAUGGCGGGGCUCCCCGAGGACGGGGAGAGGCCGGGUUGGCCCUCCCCAGCCAAGGCCGCCCCAGGCCUCCCGACCACUCACAACCACAAAGUGCCAGUUCUCAUUUCCCCCACUCUGAAGCACGCCCCCGCCGACGUCCAGCUCAUCGGCACAGACUCUCAGGGGAACAGAUUCAAGCUCCUCUCGGAGCAUCAGGUCCCGUCCGCCGCAGACAAGGACCGGCCCCGGCGCGUGAAACCAAAGUGCGCUCCUCCCCCGCCCCCUGUGAUGAGGCUUCUGCAACACCCGCCCACGUGCCCAGACCUCCCGGAAGAGCAGCACUCCUCUGCCGGAGGGCAUCCUGCGGAAGUGCAGGAAGGGGGGAAAAAGGCGGCAGCGGCCGCCGCGACCCCGGUUGGCGCAAAAGCCGGGAGGCCCACGAUGCCUCCACCUCAAGUGCCUCUGUCCGCCUGUUCCACAUCACCGGCGAAAAUGGCCAACGGCACCGCGGGCACCAAAGUGGCGCUGAGAAAGACCAAGCAGGCGGCCGAAAAGAUCUCGGCUGACAAAAUCAGCAAAGAAGCCCUGCUCGAAUGUGCAGACCUGCUGUCCAGUGCCAUUACGGAACCCAUGCCCAAUAGCCAGCUGGUGGACACUGGGCACCAGCUGCUGGAUUAUUGCUCAGGCUACGUAGAUUGCAUCCCACAGACUCGCAACAAGUUUGCUUUCCGGGAGGCUGUGAGCAAACUGGAACUCAGCCUGCAGGAGCUGCAGGUGUCCUCCGCAGCAGCCAGCCUGCCCGGAACUAAUCCCGUCCUUAAUAACUUAUUGUCCUGCGUCCAAGAAAUCAGCGACGUGGUUCAGAGGUAGCUACUGCCAGCCUGGCUGGAAGACACUUGCUGGGGAUGGGGAGGGGAAAUAAGGGACUCGUUUUUCCUGUGUUCUUGCUUUCACAAAAAUGAAAGACUGAUACUUGAGUGAGUUCAUGUGAAGUACCUCAGAUCACUGAGUUCUCACGUUUACAGGUUCAUCUCAGAAGUUACAAACAUACACAAAGUGCAGGGAGGGAAGAAGGGGAGCGGGGAUAAUAGGCAGGGUUUAGAAGCUGGGGAAGUGGCCUGUCGAAAAUCACCCUCAUUGAAAAAUCAGGUAAUGUAUGUGUGCUGCACCAGAGAGAGAAGUCAGACCCGCUUCUUCUGGUGUUGGGUGGGCUUGUCCAUCCUGGGCAGGGACGGGUCUCAUCUCAGUAAGGGGUCAGGGACCUUCCCCUGAAAGCCCUCAACACUGGAGGGGCUGCGAGGCUCACGCUCUCGGCACUGGACAAAGGGGUUUAGCCUCUACGAGUUUUAGGGGAAAGGAUCCAGUCCCUUUGGUCAUGUAGUUGUGAUCCGAAGGUGAUACUGACUGGCUCAGGAGAAGAGGCAGAUGCCUUGAGAACGGGGUCCUCCACAGCUGUGGGAGGUGGCUGCUAAAAUUGUUUCCACAAGGUGUCGUGGCUCCUGUCUCACAACUGCAACCGGUUCAGAACCACGGCCCUCUCUGCUCUCCACCCUUCACUCUGACAUGUGUCUGGUUUCCCAGUGAGCUGGGCUGGCAGGUCUAACCAGGGUCCCUAUGACUGGCAGGGGUGGGCUUUCCUUGCUCGUCUGGCCCAGAUGCAUUCACUAAGGCCUCACAAUUGCCACCCUGCUGGACAGUGUCAGCAAAUCAUGGGCAUCAUUUUACCAGACUGUGGUUUCCUCCAGUCCCUUUCUGGGUAAGAUGCCCUUUACCUUCUUUAUUAGCACUUGGAAUAUUAACACAAUAACUGGGCUUGUCAGUUGUCAGGUUGCAAACCUCCAGAGGACUCCUUUUCACUGCUGCACCUAUCAUCGUGAUAUAUUUUCCCUGUCUCUGCCUCUCAUUUUUCUGUCUCCCUCUCUUAUUCUCUCUCUCUCUCUCGCGCUCUCUCUCUC